AUGGCUGCUCCCCGGCUUUUCCGCCCAGCAGCUCGCCUGCUGUCUUCGCGCCUUGCUUCCUCCUCUCUCCGCCCGGCCCUGCCUCAAUCCGCCUGCGCCCAUUCGGUUCUGCGCUCCCGGGGAUAUGCGACCGAGGGUGGUGUCAAGGAGGUCACCGUCCGCGAUGCGCUGAACGAGGCCCUGGCGGAGGAGUUGGAGAGCAAUCAGAAGACCUUCAUUCUGGGUGAGGAGGUUGCACAGUACAACGGAGCGUACAAGGUGACACGAGGACUUCUGGACCGUUUCGGACCCAAGCGGGUGAUUGAUACCCCCAUCACGGAGGCCGGUUUCUGUGGUCUGGCUGUCGGAGCUGCUCUGUCUGGCCUACACCCGAUUUGCGAGUUCAUGACCUUCAACUUUGCCAUGCAGGCCAUUGACCAGAUUAUCAACUCGGCCGCGAAGACCCACUACAUGUCCGGUGGCAUCCAGCCCUGCAACAUCACUUUCCGCGGCCCCAACGGGUUUGCCGCCGGUGUGGCCGCCCAGCACUCGCAGGAUUAUUCGGCCUGGUACGGCAGCAUUCCGGGAUUGAAGGUGGUUUCUCCAUGGAGCUCGGAGGAUGCUAAGGGUCUGCUGAAGGCUGCCAUUCGGGACCCCAACCCGGUCGUGGUCCUGGAGAACGAGCUUAUGUACGGCCAGGUUUUCCCGAUGAGCGAGGCCGCCCAGAAGAGCGACUUUGUCCUGCCCAUCGGCAAGGCCAAGAUUGAGCGCCCCGGCAAGGACCUGACCAUUGUUUCCAUCUCCCGCUGUGUCGGCCAGUCCCUGGCUGCCGCCUCUCAGCUCAAGCAAAAGUACGGUGUCGAGGCGGAGGUGAUCAACCUGCGCUCCGUCAAGCCUCUGGAUGUCGAGACCAUCAUCGCCUCGCUCAAGAAGACCGGCCGCCUGAUGGUCGUCGAGUCCGGCUUCCCCAUGUUCGGUCUUUCGUCCGAAAUUCUGGCGCUCUCCAUGGAGUACGGCUUCGACUACCUGACCGCCCCGGCUGUCCGGGUCACUGGUGCUGAGGUGCCCACCCCGUACGCCGUCGGUCUGGAGAACAUGGCCUUCCCCCAGGAGGACACUGUUGUCGGCCAGGCUGCGAAGCUGCUGCGGUUGUGA